AUGGAUCCAAAGUUGAGCGCCCGUCCUGAUAAUGCCCUACCAAAUCCAGGGAAUACUCCCGAAUAUCUGCGCCCUCGUACACAAUCCAACGCGCGUACACGUCUUCUCGCUCUGCCUGCAGAGAUUCGCGAAAAUGUUUACAAGUUUACCCUCAUUAGCAACAAGGAGGUCACCGUCUACAAGGGACGCGUCAAGUUCGACCGCGGACUGGCCCCCCACGCCCUCGCUUUACUGAGGACUUGUCGACAAAUCUACAUUGAAUCGCGUCUGGUAUUCUACUCCGGAAACAAUUUUAAGUUUCCCUACGACACCUUCCUCGACCGCUACUGGGCCGGGAAGUGCGCGCUCUCGCGCGAACAGUUGGAAACUAUCCAGAGCGUUGUUCUCUACAAGUCAUGGAUUUACUUCUGGAACGGAAGACAGUGGGAAUUUCCCUGGACGGCGUGUAUGAGGACUUUUCCAAAUUUGAAGAAGAUUGUGUUGCAGGGGGUUACUUUGACGUUCAUGUUAGAGCGUGAUGCUGUGGUGGGAGGGAGCACCACUUGGGUGGAGUACCUCGAGAUCCAGAAGGGUAUCAAGCUUGAGGUCAUCACCGAAGAUCAUUCGGGGCCCGAGUAG